UCAGCCAACACGAUUGUCGGCUGAGGGCCCUCGUUGGACAGCAGGUCGGCCAGUGUGACUGAAGGUGGACACGCACAGAUGGGGUCGUUGCACACACGUGUGUGUAACACAUCUGCCGGCUGGCUCGCUUACCGUCGAUGAACUCCAGGCAGCGGCACGGCUAUAGAAAUUCGUGCGACGGUACUCGCCCCACGACAGGUCAUGCUGCUGAUGAUACUGAUGCGGCUGAUGCUGAUACGGUCCCAGCUGCUCGCCUGCCCCCGCCCCUCCACCUUCUCAACACAAUACACACAGACAGGGAGGGACAAGAGUACCAACCACCUGCUGCAAGGAACGAUGUGCAGUGUGUGUUGGCUGCGACUGACCUGCUGCAU